GGAGGGGGGAGAGAGGAGCGGACAGGCCCAGCUGCGGCUUGAUGGAGCAUGGGUCAGGUUCUAGGAUUCUCCCACUGCAAGGAGUUUGGCUCUGUCUCCUCAACACCUGACUCGACUCCUCCCUGUACAGAUGGUGGUAAUGAGGAGUCAGAUUUCCCGGAGCUCCUAACAGCACGGGAGUGGUCUGAGGAUGAAGAAGGCCCUGAGGAUGACCUCAGCGGUUCCUCUAUGUGGGGGACCCCCCGUCAGAACUCAUUCGAGCUCACAUUCUCAUACAUCGCCUUCUCUGAGGGCGAGAGCUCUGGCCGGAGAGACUCAGGCCGACGGAGAACCGGAGGGAGAGGAAGACAAAGCUCGCUACGCCGUAUGGACACUGUGGAAACCUUUUUACCUCCAGACUCCCCCGCUGUCGAGUGGGACCCCCUUGCCUUCAUGAGUGGAGAAGAAGAGCAGCAGGUUGUGGAAAAUCAACUUCCGGAACCAGUGGAAAGCCACAUUCGGACUCCAGAGUCCUCCAGUCAGAGUACAGACUAUGUUCCUGAUCAAGAGUUACAGGGAGAAAUGGAGGAGAUCGCGUUACAGGAAACGUGCCAUGUUACAGAUAGCUAUGAAGCUCAACAGCUUCAUGCCUCAGAGCCAUAUGUUGGCACGGAAUCCACAGCCCUAUCGCAUACUGAGGAAGAAACAUCGCAUGCAUCUCAAAGUCCCAUUAUUAAAAACACUCAGGAAGAGCCAACCAGGGAACAGUGGUUCUCUACCCUUAACCUACAAGAGGGGCCGACGAUACACAUCCAGAUUGCAGGUAAGACUAAACAUAUGGACUAG